UAGAAUAUAUAUAAGAAGGAAGCUGCUUAUUUUCCCAUUAUCUUCAUUCCUCCCCACACAAACGCAUUCUAACCUUCAUAGGAUCCAUCGGCACAGUCUAUAUCCUUCAUCAUCGCCAUCAUGUUCUUCCAAAUCCUUCUUUUUGUAGCCUUUUAUGUAGUAGCCAAGCACUUGCUUUCCAAGACCCAAAACCUUCCACCAAGCCCUUUCCCCGCCCUCCCCAUUGUUGGCCAUCUCUACCUCCUAAAGAAACCCCUCCACCGCUCUCUAACCAGGCUAUCAAACCGGUACGGUCCCAUAAUUUAUCUCACCUUUGGCUCUCGAAAAGUCCUCGUCGUCUCUUCCCCGUGCGCGACCGAGGAAUGCCUCGCCACCAACGACAUCAUCUUUGCCAACCGCCCUCGCCUGGUCACCGGGAAACACCUCGGCUACAAAUUCACCUCCCUUGCAUGGGCACCAUACGGCGACCACUGGCGAAACCUCCGCCGUAUCUCUUCCCUCCAACUUCUCUCCUCCUACCGCCUCCAAACGCUCUCCCGUAUACGCACCGACGAGGUUCGUUCGCUCCUUCGCCGGCUCUUGCCUACUAAUAAUAAUAAUCAAAACCAGACUGAAGUCCAUGCUCUGAAAUCAGCCUUCAUUGAGCUGACACUUAACGUCAUGAUGAGGAUGAUUGCUGGGAAGCGGUAUUACGGGGAUUCCGCGGCGGAAGCAGACGAAGAUCAAGUCUGCAAGUUUCGGUAUAUUGUGUCUGAAACAUUUCGGUUGGGGUCUUUGACAAAUCUCGCAGAUUUUUUGCCGAUGUUAAGGUGGUUUGGGAUUCGUGGGAUGGAGAAGAGGUUGAUUUUGUUGCAGGAAAAGAGAGACAGGUUCAUGCAGAGCUUGAUAGAGGAGCAUAAAAGAAUGGGAUGUGAUGCAGAUGCAGAAAAGGAUAAGAAGAAGAAGACGAUGAUUGGAGUUCUGUUGGAUCUGCAAGAAUCGGAACCUGAAUACUACAAGGACGAGAUUAUCAGAGGCAUCAUGCUGGUCCUAUUAUCAGCUGGAACCGACACUUCGGCCGGCACCAUGGAGUGGGCAAUGUCACUUUUGCUCAACAACCCAGAAGUUCUGAAGAAGGCGCAGGCAGAAAUCGACAAUCGAGUGGGACACGAUCGCCUGGUUGAUGAAUCCGAUUUGGCUAAGCUUCCAUAUCUUCGUUGCAUUAUAAACGAAACACUGCGCAUGUAUCCAGCAGCGCCAUUACUUGUGCCGCACGAGUCAUCGGAGGAUUGCCAGGUGGGUGGUUUCCACGUCCCUCGUGGCACUACACUGCUUGUGAAUUUGUGGGGCAUACAAUAUGACCCGUCAAUUUGGGAGGACCCCACGAAUUUCAAGCCGGAGAGGUUUGAAGGUUUUGAAGGGAUGAAAGAUCAUGAGUUUAAGUUUAGGUUCAUGCCUUUUGGAUCAGGGAGGAGGGGCUGUCCCGGAGAAGGUUUGGCCAUGAGGGUGGUUGGCUCUGCUUUGGGUUCACUGAUACAGUGCUUCGAGUGGCAGAGGAUUGAUGAGGAAAUGGUAGACAUGAGUGAAGUGGUUGGGCUGACCUUGACCAAGGCUCGACCAUUGCAUGCUAUUUGUCGACCUCGUCCAGCCAUGGCCAACCUUCUUUCUCAACUUUGAACCAAUAUAUAUAUAUAUAUAUAUAUAGCAGCCCAAAAGAAAUGUGCACAUUGCCCUUGUCAUAUAUGUGUUGUUGUGCUUUGAAA